AUGCCGACGGCAACUGCAAGGAAUCUCGAAAACGGAACGAUAGCAGACCUUCGAAACAACGUUCUACCACAAUCGCAGUCAAUCUAUGGCCAAAACCCAGAACUUCGUCGGCGUAUGCAUAGCAGAAGCCAGUCUACGGGCAACGCUGCGACCCAACAAGCGAUGGUAUCUAGCUUGUUCCAGCCAUAUGGUACUGCUUAUACUUCGAAUCAGAUGUUGUUCGGUACGAUUCCGAGACGCGUCCUAUCUCCUCAAAGUUUUCCACCGCUUACCGAAACGGAUAUCCGUUCCUCAUAUCGAACAGGCGAACAGAAUUUGCAAAAGAUUGAAAUCAAUCAGUACACUCAAUCGAUGUUAUCUCCCAAUCAGCGCAACGUCCAGCAACUUCACAACCCAUUCGCCGCGCACACGUCUCUCACUCACAAAGCAACACGAACAGAUGGAAGAACCAAUGUUACGGAGGUGGGUUACGACACUGAAGCCUUGCCCACUCAGAUGUUGUCAGCCAGGCAACUUCCACCUAUUCAGAUGCUGCCGAAGCUGGGAUCAUCGCCUCCCCAGAUGCUACAGCAGAUGGGACAGCUGCCCCGUUUUGGUAGACCGCAGUUCCAGAACGGUAAAUCAGUAGCUGCAUAUCUCCACCAGCCGAUUUGGUUCCCGUCGACAGGUGAUUACGGUGUGCCUCAGUCUGUCCCUGCCUUGUUCAGCUACGUGGGAACCAUCUACAACGCUUUGGUGGAUACUAGCGACGUGUGGGAUAUGGUUACAAAUCCUGACGAGGCGCAAAGGUUUCGCUCUGGUGGCGAGUGGAGCAACCCAACAGAUAUUGAGGCCAUUUCACACCUCGUGGUGAAUUCCGCGAUCAACAUUCACUUGCGAGGAGUUGUUGGCCUUGCGUUCAAUCGCUCGCCAGAUCUUGCGCAGUGCCAUGCAUUUGAUGUCACGUUCACUUUCGCCCAACGAGUCUACUUUGUUGCGCUUCUGCUGGCGAAGUAUAAGGUAUUCGCGACUCAGGUGAUGAAUCAGUUGUGCAUUGACAGAUACGUGGCGAGAAUCUGGUCGGUAUUGGGCCGCAACAAGACCUUUCAAAACUGGUGGAAUCGUCUGACCAACGAAGAGAAGCACUGGUUUUUGAAGGUAUCCCCAUAUGCAGCUGUGCCAGACAAACAUCCUUCUGAUGAGACUCUGAAACAGCUUGCUGCGCAGACGCAAGCCAAGACCAAUAGGUUGCCGAAUUUUCGAAGCUUUAACAUUGCUACUGUCUCGACAAAUCAACAUCAGAGCAUGGGAGAAGAGCGUGCUAGGCUUAACCCGUUCGGCCACCAACCAUCACAGUCUGCUACGGGUCCUACAAACAUAUUGCCUCAAACAACGUCGUCGCGAGGUAAGCGAUCAGUUGCUGAGAGUGCAAACAACAACGUUAGCACCCCCACCAGGAAGCGCCGGGCUACCGUGUGUCUACGCCAGACUAUAGAGUCAUUGUCAUCUGUUCCGGUGGAAACCCGUCAGCAGCAACCAUCUGUCCAUCAUCCUCUACUCUUGGACAAUUUUCAACCCCACGAAGACGCAGCGUUCAAUUGGCCAGACACGCUAGGAUUUGAACAAGAUACUUUCUUGACUUCUGAAGCAGCCGAAGAAUAUAAAAACUACAUAUCUCCUUGA